AUGGAGAUUCAUAUGAUGGGUAUUGGGCUAAUGGUGAUAAACAUGGAAAGGGUUUAUACAAAUGGGCUAACGGAAAUGAAUACAAUGGAGAUUGGAAAAAUGAUAUUAAAAUUUGAAAGGGUCUAUUCAAAUGGGCUAAUGGAGAAUCAUAUGAUGAAAGGGUAAAUAUAAAUGGGUUAGCCGGAAUGAAUACAAUGGAGAUUUUUAAAAUAAUAAAAGAACAGGUAAGGGUUUAUUCAAAUGGGUUAGCGGGGCUUAAUAUUAUGGAGAUUUUCUAGAUGGUGAAAAGCAUGGAAAGGGUCAAAUGAUGUAUGCCGAUAAAUCUUAUUAUGAUGGUGAUUGGAUACAUGAUAAAAGACAUGGUUAAGGUGAAUAUAAAUCAGCUAAAGGAAAAAAAUAUAUAGGUGAAUGGAUUUUUGAUUAAUAAAAAUGA